ACCGCAGACAGUGAAGACAUCAGCGGCUAUCCAGAGUCAAUCUCGACAAACCACAGCUCUUCUCUACAGCACUAGGCAAGGGAAAUAAAUCGGCUCGUGAUGGACGGGUGCGCGCAGAUGUGUAAAUGUUUCCUGAUCUUGUUUAACAUUCUGUUCGCACUGGUGGGUUUCGGUCUAGUCUCUCUGGGAAUGUGGCUCCGGUUCGGCGCUGAAACCAGAGGAUUGUUCGACAUCGAUCUGAACACAAAACAGUUUACUAUCGGUGUGGCGGUGUUGGUCGUCACCGGUGCUCUGAUGCUGCUGGUCGCUGUUAUCGGCGAUUGUGGCGCAUGUAACCACAGUAAAUCUGCUCUUGGUGUGUUUUCUGGCCUGCUGUCCUUUCUGAUCAUCAUUGAAAUUGCAGCAGGUGUGAUGGCCUUCAUGUGGAGUGAAAAGUUGUCAGAGGAAUUGGCGAAUUUCUACACUACGAUCUAUGCUCAGUAUGUGAACACCAGGAGUCCCGGUCAAGCCAUGACCCUCAAAAUAUUCAACAACGUUUUUGACUGCUGUGGCGUCGGUGGACCCAUUGAAGUGUUUGUGCGUGACACCUGUCCAGAAGGCAACUUCCUGAAGCAGCUCACAUUUCCUAGCUGUCCUAGUGUGAUCCGGGACAUGUUCAAGUCAAGCGCUCCGCUGGUGUUGGGAGGGUUUCUAGGGACGGCAGGAAUCAUGUUGGUGGCGCUGUUGUGCAGCUCCAUUCUCUAUAAAAGUCUGAAGUCGCCUGUCUACUUGUCUCCUGCCUACUACUGAGAGCCGACCUGACCCUCCACUCGUCUGUCUGAUGGAGGGAUGAACACGUUCAUCAGCCGCGCAGGUCAAGGAGAACCACACCUGAGUGUGUGUGUGUACCAUCCAGAAAUUAGUGUAUUAAAAAUGUUUUUUCUUGGUUAUGCAAAUGUUAAUGGAACAUUCCAUUUUAUCACUCUGCAAACAUUAUGGGAACGUUACAUUUGAAUGUUUUCAAACGUUCUAAAACAAGUAGAAACAUUUAAAAAAUGUUAGAGAACAUCCAACUAAAACUUAAUCAUUCCAUGAACAAAGUAUAGAUACUAUUUUUGUACUAACGCUUUGAGAACAUUAUUAAAGACCAGAUAACUUUGAACAAAUUGUUUGUUUAUAACUUUGAGAGAACGUUGCCAGAACGUUAGAAAGGUCCCUGUUAGCUGUGCAGAAACAUGUUCAGACACAACCUAAAGCCUUAAGGUUUGGGUUUAUUUCAUUUUAUUGCAUUAACCUUCAUUUAAUGGAACUUUUCAUUUCUGAAUUCUGCAUAAACGCCGUCUGUUACAAUCCCAUCCUGAAUAUUUCAUUUUCUUGUCUUGUUGUACAAUUAAAACUUCAUUUUUACUGAAAAACAUUAAAGAAACUUCCACAAA